AUGAACAUUUUUCCUUGGAUUUCUGUCGCGUCCUUAGUUAGGAUCGAUACUAACGAGAACACACGUCUGAAGGAAACUUGUGGAGCGAUAAGACUUCAGCAAAUUGAGCCGAAAAGAGGACCACAGCUGAUUUCAAAUGGUGACCCUGUGGAUAGGAACGAGUAUCCAUUUGUUGUCGGGUUAUUUUCGAUUAAAAUAACCUCUACGAAAAAUAUCGGAAGUGUGUGCAGUGGUUCACUGAUCUCCCGUCGCCACGUUAUCACCGCAGCUCAUUGCGUCUACGAAAUAAACGAAGAUGAAGUUAAAUUAUGGAGGAAGAACCCAGAGCUUGCGAAUCCACAAAUCUUUGAGAACAUCCUUGUUUCUGUCGGAAGUAGGUGUCCAACCUUUCUUGGAUGUCCCAAUGAUAGGGUUUACACACCUCGCUAUGUUAUCCCACAUCCACGGUAUGAUCGCCUUGAUCCCAAGCAUCUUAACGAUGUGGCAUUAAUUGAACUAGACAGAGAUGUUGAUGAGACCGUCGCGUCGCCUAUCUGUCUUCCGGAGGAAGACAGCAGUGUUGAGGGUCCCAUGGUCGCUAUUGGAUACGGUGUUGACCCACGUCGGCAAAUCGAUGGGUAUUAUCCUCUUCAAAAAGUGAAUUUAAACGUUAUAGCAAGUAAGGAUGGGCAAAUUGCAACGUUUGAUUGGGAAAACACAACAUGCCAGGGGGACAGCGGUGGCCCACUUUUCCGUCACGACCAAAGAGACAGAGUUGUUCUAUAUGGAAUUACGUCUUCCGGUCAAAAUUGCCGAACGCCUUAUCGAGGGGCAUUCAACUUUUUCAUCGACGUGCGGAAAUAUUCGAACUGGAUUUGCGCCGCUACAGGUGUUUGUCCUCUUGACAAGAGCAGCUACAAGAAACCCCCUGAAGUCCGCCUAGAUGAAAGAACAGGAGUAGAUUGUAUUCAAGGUAAAGCGAUCCCGACAUUCGGACCCAGACCUUUUCCAUGGGGAAACCGUGAACCGUAUAUAUGCAGUGUUCGAAUGUAA